AUUUUUUAACGUUGCAAUAUUAAUAAAAUACAUAAAAAACUUUUAAAGUCUUCUUUUACUGCCAGAGCACAGUCAAAUAUAGUCCCCUGCAAAUAUUUAAAGGUGGCAGAAUUUUAUUGUGAUGUAAUUUGCAUAAUAUGUUAACUGAGCUUUUAUUUAACAAGGGUGUUUUGUAUCCUUGUCCAGAGAGGUGGGAGUAGUUACUGUAAACUGAAUUUCCUGGUCAAGUCAACACUUAUUGACUUGUAAUCCUAGUGGCACCUGUAUCGGAUUAACUAAAACUGACAGCAGCUGAAGACGAUACAGCAUUCGCCAUGACAUCAUCAGAGCAAGAGCUGAAGAGGAUAUCUGCAGAGUUGAAUCAUGUUUCACUUAAGAUCUCUCAGCUUCAUGAACGGAAAAAAUUCCUGGGCAUCGUGCAGGAGCUGAGGACUCGUGCAGAAUUUGAAAAAACAGAGGAAGCAGCCGAAAAUCAGCAUGAGAUUGACAGGAUUGAGCAAAAACUGAAAGAGUUGGAAGACAGAAAGUCUGAACUCCAGCAGAGCCACGACAGAAUCCUUAAUGUCAACAAUCCUAAAAAAAAUGUGAAAGGUGGGGGUGUUCCGAACCAGAGAACUGGACCUGCUUCUGGGGGUAUUUUCUAUGUGGAGGCUCCUCCGACUGUUCCUGCUCCGACGGUGAUUCUGGAUCUGGAAGAGCUUCCCCGGUAUCCGUCCAAGACUCAGUGUCCAGAGUGUAAAGAGUUCGUUACCACGGAGACAUACACAUCAGUCAGCAGUGUGACCUGGCUGGUGUGUAUAAUGACAGCUCUGAUUGGUUGCGUGGCCGGUUGUUGCCUCAUUCCUUUCUGCCUCGAUAGCCUUAAAUCUCUUACACACAGAUGUCCCAGAUGCCGAUCAUCAAUCAGAACUAUUAAGAAGCUCUGAAAGAAAAACAGGAGGAGAAGCUCGGGCUGAUGAUUAAGUAGUGUUUAUCUGAUAUUCUCUACUGUCAUUAGAGAACACAUGUGGUGUUGCCUGUAUGUAAAUAUGUAAUAUUUUUGCUUUGAAGGACACAUUUGUACAUUAAAGUUUUUAAAUUCAGAUCAAUAUGGCUGUAAAAUGCAUUAUUUUAGUCUUGUACAAAAACAGUGCUUUUAGGCAUUCCAUGUUUUCUUUUCUGUCUGUUUUAGUCACAUGAUACACACAGGAGUUAAUACUUGAUUGCAUAACCAUUGUUUUUGAUGACUUUUGAUGGUCUAAUAAUGUUUUUUCAGCUACCGAUAAAUGUAGCGUGGUCCACAAAUGCAUCGUGUAAUACACAGGUGUCAAACAUGUGGCCUGGGGGCCAAAACCGGCCCGC